AAUGUCCAUACUUCGACUUUCCGCCACUUUGUUUGUACUAAUGACUUGCCGUAGUGACGUAGAGUCCCCGUUCUAGUUUGAUGGCGGCAGUCAUUUGAGCGAAAAGUUUUCGAAGUGGAAAAUAAGUAUUUUUGUCUCCUGCUUCUUCAAGUGAAAUAAAUCAAUUUGGGCUAGCUAGGUUUGUAUGAGACGUGUCUAUUUACAUACGAAAGAAUAGAAACAGCAAACGGACCAUGUAAUCAAGCGUACCAUCUGCCAGCCGUACAACUGCAAGCUAGCUACCGGCAAAUCAUGUAGCUAGCUGACUAGCAAAAACCAUGUAGCUAACUAGCUAGUAACUUCUAGCUAACGUUAGCUAGCUUAGAUGACCUAUCACUAGCUCAAAGUUUGCUGCUCUGUUAGUUCAAGGUGGCUAGCUAGUGAGUGACAUUUUUUUCGCCAUGGUCUCGCAAUCUAGCUAGCUAAGUUUGCUUCAUGGAAAGGUUUUAAUUGCCUCUUAACUAAUAGCGUUACCAGCUGUAACAAACUGUUAGCUACUCUUACAUAUAAAAAUGUUUCGCUUACGGUACUGUGUCAGUCACUGUCUGCAUGCAGCGAUGACCAGACUGGAGGAGGUCAACGGAGAGGUCAACAUGUGGUCCUCUGUCAGAUGUCUGGGCUACCUGUCUGGUCUGAACCUGCUGGUGGCUCUCUGCCUGGGGCUCUAUGUGCGAUGGGAGAAGACUGAGGAACCCAUGAUCCUCAUCAUAUUUGUUCUGGCCCUGUUUGUCCUCGGUAUAGCAAGCAUACUGUACUAUUACUUCAGCAUGGAAAAAGUCAGCCUGAGCCUCCUCCACCUGUGGUUUGGCUUCCUGCUUGGCCUCCUGUGUUUCCUCAACAACCCCACCCUGGAGAGCAACAUCAAAGAGCAAGCCACCAACUACCUACUGCUGGCCAGUGUUGUCUUGAGGACGCUGUGGGCUCUGCUGGAGAGGAUGUGUGGCUGCACCAGGUACCGCCCUGCCUUCCUCACCUCAGCAGAGGCCCUGGAGCUGGCAGGCUUUGCCAUUGCCAGUACUGUCUUAUUCAUCCAGAAGUCCAUGAGCGUAGUGGUGCUGGUGGUGGCCCUGGCUACUCUGAUGGUGGCCCUGCGCAUGAAGGCUCUCCUGGCCCUGCCCAACCUGGUCUGCUUCUCCAUCAUCACUGCGGUGCUGUUCUUCAAGGCUCUGGGCAUCACCACCAACCCCUUCGCCCUGGCAUGUUUCUUCAGCCAGCUGAUCUGCGACCCCUUGCUGGACGUGUACUUCAGUGGGCUGUCGGUGACCGAGCGCUGGCUGCCCUACCUUGCCUGGAGGGGGCUGUGGCGCAGGCUGUCCCUCCUGCCUUUGCUGCUGGUGGAGGUGGGCUUCUGGAUCCUGGCAGCCCUGAAGCUGGUGGACCUGGACCGGUGGUACCUGAUGAUCCCGGGCUUCAUGCUGAGUGGGGUGUUCUGGGCCAUCUGUCACGUGGUGUUCAUCAUCACUCUGUGGGGCUUCCACACCAAGCUUAGUGACUGCCAAAGGGUGUGUCUGGCCCAGGGAGCCAGGAGCAGCUGCCUAGACAAGGUUAUGGCCUCCAAAGGAGUCAGACACUUCUGUCUCAUCUCUGAACGCCUGGUGCUCUUCAGUCUGGUGUCCACUGUCAUCUUGGCUGCUUUAUCAUGGCAGUCCUCCAGCAGUAUCUUUAUGAGUAUGCUCCUGCUGGUCCUGGCUCUGGAGUCUCUGUUCCACGGCCUCUUCUAUGAGCUGGGGAACUGCCUAGGCGGCACAUGUGUGGGGUAUGCAGUGGUCAUCCCCACCAACUAUUGCAGUCCUGAUGGGCAGCCCACUCUGUUACCUCCGGACCAGGUACAUAUGUUGAACAUGCAUUCCACGGGCAUGUUGAACAGUAUACAGAAUUUCUUCUCCCACCACAUGAUCGAGACGUUCGGCUGCGACUACUCCACCAGCGGGGUGACUCUGGAAGCUCUACAGGUGAAGCUCAAAGCCUUCAUGGAGCUCUGCACAGCCGAUGGGCCUCGCCACGACACCUAUGUGCUGUUCUACAGUGGGCAUACCCACCGCAGCGGGGAGUGGGCACUAGCAGGAGGGGGCACCCUUCAACUGGACAAGAUCCUGGAAUGGUGGAGGGAGAAGAACAAUGACUCCUGCUCCCGCCUCAUCCUGGUCCUGGACAGUGAGAACUCCCUACCCUGGGUGAAGGAGAUUUUUUUGUGGCCCCCACAACCCAUCCCUGCUCUACAAGAAGGCCCUCUACAACAAGCUGCUGAAGCUCCAGGGGGACACUGGGGGAUACUCAGACCAGGAGCAUCUGGUCAACAACAAGGGAACCAAGAACAAGUUCCUCUUUGAUAAAGUCUAACCCUUCAGCACCUCACAGGUAGGUGAAUUUAAUUGAAACACAGAACCCAAUGGAUUAGGACCACAGGAGGCUGCUGAGGGGAGGACAGCUCGUAAUGUCUGGAACGGAGCAAAUGGAAUGGCAAACACAUGUAAACCAUGUUUUUUAUGUUUGAUACCAUUCCAGCCAUUACCACGAGCCCAUCCCCAAUUAAGGAGCCACCAACCUCUUGUAAUUAGAACAGUUGUUUUUGUGAUGGCAUUAGAUUUUGUGCCGGUGUGCUCUCUCAAUUUGUCUCUCCAUGCAGGAGGAAGUAUUUGAAGGGACCCUGCCCAUAGUAAGGUCUUGUGCGGAUGGAUAUACAGUAGUCUGCAUUCUAGCCUAUGGUCAGACAAGCUCUAGGACGACUUACACACGUUGGAAAUCAACAAUGACAGCCUAUAUCAGCAAUUCCCUAACUUGGUCCUGGGGUCCACAUUUAGGUUUUUGCACUAGCACUACACAGGUGAUUCAAAUAACCAACUCAUAAUCAAGCUUUGAUUAUUUAAAAUCAGCUGUGUAGCGCUAGGACAAUUAACAAAACAUGUACCGAGGGGCCCCGGGACCGGAUUUGGGAAACCCUGGCCUAAAUGAUCUCCUGUCAAAGUCCCACCAGUUCAUUAGAGAUAUGGACCCAGGGGAAGUCCAUCUCUGUGUCUGGGCUGACCCACGUCAAGUUGAAGACCGAGGACGGCAUUCUGAACGUGAUGGAAAUGGAGAAAAGAAUAGAAAGAUUGGCUCAACCAAAAAAAACAAAAGGUAGGCCUACCAAGUCAUGUCAAUACCAGUAUGGUUGUGAACCCAUUGCUAGGAAGAGCCUCUGGAGGGUAGAGAGUGGGUCGUCUCACAAUACCCUGACCCUGUGUGACUUGGCGGGAUCCGAGCUCAUCGCCAAGACAGGAAGUCCAUCCCCUCUCUAUUAAGUAACAGACAGAUUCCAAUUUAAUCUGUACUGUUUUUUACUUUACUGCAGCUCAGGGUCUUUAGAAAAUGUAGUGUUGUGUUUUUAUUUAACGAGGCAAGUAAGUUCAGAACAAAUUCAUAUUUUCAAUGACUGCCUAGGAACAGUGGGUUAACUGCCUUGUUCAGGGGCAGAAUGGAUUUUUACCAUGUCAGCUCGGGGAUUCGAUCUUGCAACCUUUCGGUUACUAGUCCAACACUAACCACU